GAUUCAAAAAGCUGUUAUGCAAUGCACACUGUAUGUGGGCCCUUUGACUGGAGAUAUGCAGCGGGACGAGGUGAGGAAAUCAUUGUUGAAGGCAUCACAGCCACUGUGCGGCCUUUGUGGGAAGGGGAUGGGUGGUGUUAUUCGGUCUCCUCUUUGGUAUGCAGUGAUGCGCCAAUUCCGUGUGCGCGGAAGCCCACGGUAGUGAAGUUGGAUGUUGUUUGUGUGUGCAGUGCCGUUGUGGUUGUUUGGCACAUCUAUUAUGUGAUUUUCACGAUGCACCAUUACUCUGCGACUGCGCACGGCACCGUCUGCUGUGGCGCUGCGGCACUGGGCGAACGUUUCCAAACUAGCGCUUGCGGUGGCCACUGCAGCGAUGCCGAGUUGCACGGGACGAGCACACACUCAAGAGGUGAAACUUUUUGCCACGGCUCCACCUGCGCCUUUAAGCUGGAAGCUGACACGCCCCUCGUCCUUCUUUUUUUUCUGUUCUUUUGGCGAGUGACGGCUGCCGAUGCUGUCACUUUGCUGCCCCACACGCCGUCACACAUACGCACACACCCUUUUUUCUGCGAUGAGGACGAAACGUCGUCAUGGGCACGUGGUGGGGCUGCGUCUUUGUUUGGCGGUGACCCUCCGCAGUCAUCGUGA